AUGGCCCGCGUGUUUUGUCUACUUAUGCUCGUGAUGGUCGGAAUGGUCUUUGCCGACGACGAGGACUGCUCUGAACUUGGGGAUUGCGAUUGUGGCAAUGUCUGCAAGGAUGGACAAUGUACUCCAGGCUGUCAGGUAUACGACGUUUUUGUCAAGGCGGGCACGGAGCGCACGGUGUACGGUCGCCGCUGUCAGUGUGGUGCUGACCAAGACACUAAAGGAAGAGCCAUUAUGUGCGCUGAGGGCGAGAGUUUUGAGGGAAACCCCACAGGCUUCCAGAUGUACGUCGCCAACCCUAAAUGCUCGGACGAUGAGCCUACGGCUGCCCCGACUGAAGCUGUAGUAGCUGAAGCUGCAACCGAGGCCACCCCUGAGGCUCCCAUUAUCUAA